GCUAAAGCGCCACAAUUCUUCGAUCAUUGUUGACUGGACCCAUCUUCACGGGACACCAUCAUGCCCGUGCCCACUCGAGUGCAACAGGAGAAAAAUAUCUGGGUCGCCGCCGGCGAUGGAGACCUCGCACGGGUGCAAGCACUUGUUCAGCAAGGCAACUCCCCCAAUAUUCCAGAUUCCAACACCUACACGCCGAUGCAUGCAGCGGCCUCGUAUGGCCAGCUGCACGUACUCGACUACUUAAUCUCCCAAGGCGGCGACGUGAACAUCACCGACGAAGACGGCGACACACCGCUGUACGUGGUAGAAAACGUGGAGACUGCACGUUACUUGGUAGAACGCGGAGCCGAAAUUCAUCACCACAACCAUGAAGGUCUCACGCCUGCUGGUUGCUUAGCAGAAGACUCCCCAGAGGUAGCUGCCUACCUCGAGUCCGUUUCACCUACUCCUGCUGGGGGCGAGGCUGCCUCGCAUGUGCCAGCUCAGCAAAUCUCUGGCAUGCCUUCGCAACAUGCACAAGAACAGGCGUCGGAAGCUCUAACUUCCAGCCUCAUGAACUCGGUGCAGGAUAUUAUGGAGAGGGCGCAGCGAGAAGGCCGCGACCCUGACGCCGAGUUACGAGAAGUCGUCAGUAGAGCAGUCAUGCAAGGGAUGGUGACAGGCUACGACAUGAGCCAAGAUGCUCAGGACGGCGAACGGCGAGCUGGUGCGGAAGACGAUGCGAACGGACAAGGCGUGAACGGCGCGAAGCGGUCGCGAACGGACGAGGGCCCUUCGUCAUGAUGGUCUGACCAUGUGGUUUUCAUGUAGAGAAAAGAAAAGAUUUUUUUUCGACGUGUGCAUUCUACUC